CUUGAAACAAAAAAAUCUCAGGGGGUUGGAGUUGGUGGGGGGGAACAGAAUCUUUCAGAAGAGAAAACAAAAAUGAGAGGGAAAAUAAUUGUGUCCGCGGUUUCUCUCAUCCUUGUGGUGGGGGUGGCGAUCGGCGCCGUUGUGGUGGUUCACAACAAGAACAAAGACCCUCAGAUCUCGGAACGUCAGAAUGCGGUGAAGGCCAUGUGCCAGAACACGGACGACCAAAAGCUUUGCCACGACACUCUGGGCAACGUGCAGAACAGCUCAGACCCGAAAGCAUUCUUAGCCGCCGCCGUGGAAGCCUCCGCCAACAGCGUGAUCAGGGCAUUGAACAUGAGCGAUAAGCUCAUCGUCGAAAAGGGCAACAGCUCUCAAGGCGUCGUCAAGAUGGCCCUCGACGACUGCAAGGACUUGCUCCAAUUCGCCAUGGACAGCCUCCAGGCUUCCACUGACUUCCUGCAUAACAACAGCGUCCAAACCCUGAGCGACCGGUCCCCUGACUUCAAGAAUUGGCUUGCUUCUGUCGUGUCCUACCAACAGGCUUGCUUGGAUGGGUACGAAGACAAUGUCGACGGCGCCAAAGAGAUCAAGUCUCAGCUUCAAGAGAAUGGUUUGGACGACGCGGGGAAGCUCACCGGCAUAGCCCUCGACAUUAUGGCUAAUCUCGAAAGCAUCCUGAGUCAGUUCGGGUUGAAGGUGCAAGUGAACCCUGGCUCUCGCCGUCUUCUGGAGCUGGACAGCCAAGGCUAUCCCACAUGGUUCUCGGCUGCCGAUCGCAGGCUCUUGGCCAACGUAAACAGGGUAAGGGGACAUCACAUCAAGCCCAACGUGGUGGUGGCCCAGGAUGGCAGCGGCCAGUUCAAGACCAUCAUGGCGGCCGUUAACUCUUAUCCUAAGGGUUUCCAAGGAAGAUAUAUCAUCCUCGUCAAGGCUGGUACUUAUCGCGAGUACGUCGUCAUUCCGAAGACCGCCGUCAAUAUCCUCAUGUACGGUGAGGGCACUGAUAAAACCAUCGUCACCGGUAACAGAAACAAUGUUGAUGGUUACACCACAUCGAAUACGGCUACUUUCGUCAAUACUGCGAACGGGUUCAUCGCCAAGUACAUGACAUUCGUGAACACCGCCGGUCCUGAAAUGCACCAAGCAGUGGCAUUUAGGAACCAGGGAGACAUGUCGGGUUUAUUCGAUUGUUCUUUCGUGGGUUACCAGGACACGUUGUACGCUCAAACCAACCGUCAAUUCUACAGGAACUGCGACAUCUCCGGUACAGUUGACUUUAUCUUUGGAGUGUCGACCACGUUGAUCCAGAGCUCUCGAAUCAUCGUGAGGAAGCCAAUGGACAACCAGUUCAACACAGUGACGGCAGACGGCAGAACGCAGAAGAAUCUACCCACCGGAACUGUGAUCCAGAACUGCGAUAUCGUUCCGGAGAAUGCUCUGUUUCCCGUCAGGUUUCAGAUCAGAUCCUACCUGGGAAGGCCGUGGAAGGAGUAUGCUAGAACUGUGGUAAUGGAGUCCAGAAUAGGUGACUUGAUUCAACCCGAUGGGUGGACUCCUUGGGCAGGAAGCUUGUACCUCAACACACUGUACUAUGCUGAGUACAACAACGUGGGACCUGGUGCUAAUGUUGCGAAGAGGGUUAAGUGGCCAGGUUACAAGGGCCUCAUCAGUAGGAAUGAGGCUGCUCAGUUCACCGCUGGCCAGUUCCUCAAAGGUGGGUCCACUUCCCGAACUGAGGACUGGAUGAAGCCCCUUCACGUUCCUUUCGACAUUGGCUUCACUAAGCCCUGAUCUUCACUUCGUGUUUGUCCCUUUAGGGAUUCACAUGUCAAAUGUUGUUAACACGCUCGAAUUCUUUUUUUUUUUUUUUUCAAUUAUUCUUUUUAUAACGCAUUUCGUCAACUUAUACAGGCUUUGCAAGAACACGUGUCCCAUUUAGUAAUGUUCCAAUAAUAAGAUUAGGCUCCUUUAAUUUCUCAAUAUCAAUAUGAUCCACACCUAGAAGCCUAGAACUUUGAUUACUAAAUCAUGAAAAAGUUAUAUUUUUUUCAAGAA